AUGAACUUCUACAGAGAUGCUACGUGGGUAUUAGAGUAUGUGGAACAACAAGAAGCUAAAGGCCGUAUCUCUGGUUCAUUGCAAACAUUAGUUUUACAAAGUUGUACGAAGUAUAAACUGAAAUGUAAUCCUAAACAUGUUUAUGCUGUAAUAGAUUCCUGUUGGAAAUAUAAACCAUAUUUGGAAAAAGUUAUGAAAAAAUCGGGUAUUCUAGAUGAUAUACCGAAGAAGAAGGGCAAACCAAUGUAUUCUAGAUUGACUUUAAUGUUACUAUGUCAUGAUUUAUUAUUCUCGAAAAGUAAACGUAUCCAAAUGGGGAAACACCCAAUCAAAGAAUAUGUCUUGAAACAUAAGAGCAGAUUGCAUAGCGAAUUAGUGAGACUAAAGUUGAAAUUGAAAGUGAAAAAUCUAUCUGAAAUAGUUGAUAAUAAUGAUUCUACAGAAGAUGUCACCCCAGUUAGAUGGAUCCGUAUUAACCCAUUAAGAUGUUAUCAGGGUCGCGAUGUGAAUGCAGUUUUAGAAGAAUUAGGUAAAAAAUUCCCUAAACGUGUCGAAAAUUGGAAUGAUAUUGUUCCUGGUUCGAUCUAUUACGACGAGUAUAUUCCUCAUCUUUACGGUAUUCAUCCGCAAGAUAAGAUUACAUCUCAUGAACUAUAUAAGCAAGGUAAAAUUAUCAUUCAGGAUCGUGCAUCAUGCUUCCCAGCUCAUAUUUUGAACCCAAGUAAAGAUGAUAUCAUCAUUGAUGCAUGCGCUGCUCCAGGUAACAAGACAACACACGUUGCAUCGUAUAUGUUUGGUGAUGCUAAACAAGAGGAUCCUCAUGUUCAAAUAUAUGCAUUUGAGAAAGACCCAGAAAGAGCCAAGAUUUUGGAGAAAAUGAUUAAAGUGGCAGGUUGCUCUAAAAAUAUUCAAGUUACCGUGGGUGAUUUCACAAAGGCAGCUACACCAGACAAAUUUAAAGAUGUUACUGGAUUUAUCGUAGAUCCAAGUUGUUCAGGAAGUGGUAUCUUUGGCCGUAAGUAUGUGGACUCUUUGAAUAGACAAAGAAAUAAUGAUACAACAGAUAAAGACAAGAAAUCCACUGAAGAAGACGAUGAGGUUCCUGAUGAACAAGAAGAUUACAAUAAAAAAGAAGACUUGAAAACACGGCUUGCCAAAUUAUCAUCUUUCCAAUUUCAAGUGAUCAAGCAUGCGAUGAGUUUCCCAACCGCGAAGAAAAUCGUCUACAGUACAUGUUCAAUCCAUGCAGAAGAAAAUGAACGUGUUGUCUUGGACUUAUUGCUUGACUCUAAAGUUAAACAAUGGGGAUGGAAAGUCGCAGCCAAAGAGAGUGUCAUACCAACUUGGCCAAGAAGAGGUAAAAUAGAAGAAUUCGAGGAAGUUUUCAGAGAUGACCCUGCUAAAUGUCAAGCUUUGGCAGACGGAUGCAUCAGAGCUUUACCUAGAGACGAUGGUGGUAUCGGGUUUUUUGCAGUAUGCUUUGAAAGGUAG